AUAUAACCGACCAAGAGACUUCAGACCUCUUUUUCGAAUGCUAAAAAUGCAGUGAAAAUUUACAUCUUAUGAUUUAAAAAUAGAGUUUAGUCAUAUUUCGGGAAUAACCUAUGCAGCACUACCAACGUCACGCGUGCGUUUGCUGGCACAUUGCCCGUUAACCACGAGGGCGCAGUAAGUAGUGACAGCAGACUCCGGACAGGCCACUAGUUUUUUUUCUUUGUCAUCAAGGAAAUUUUCCUAAAUGGCAACCGUCACAGAUUACCCCUUUCGUUUACCCUCGGACGUCGGGAAACUUGGAGAGGAGACACCGAAUUUCACCAAGGCGUACUCGGAGUCCUUUAAAACCGGUUCAUAUCUCCCCAUGUUGAAGCAAGAACUUCGCCUUAAAAUACAGAGCCGACGGAUGCUGGAGGGGCAACCGGAACUUCAAGUGAAGUUUGAGGAGGCGCAGAAACACCCGCUAACUGAAAGAGAGGUAAAAAAACUCGAAUCUAGGAAGCAUCACAACCGACUGUCAGCGAAGAAAUGUAGGGACAAAAAGAAGGUUGGAGAAGAGAUUCGCUCAAAGGAGCUCGACGCGUUGAAGAUAAGAAACAAACAUCUUUGGGAGCAAUAUCACAAGAAAACACAAUGGAAAAUUUUGCUGACCAAGAAUUUAAUGAAGCACAUUAGGACGCGGGAUUCUAACCUCAGUGAAUCGGACUUUCUAACUAUUCUGCCAGAUCUGCUGAAAGUACGCCGGGCGGAGAAGGAUUUGUUCUUGAAGAAUAAUGUUGUACAGCCAGUAAGCACAGAGUUACAGGCAAAUGAAAUGUCGGAAUGGAGCUCAGGUUUACAGCAGGAAAAUUCGUGUGUACAUAGUGAAAUGCUACAACAGAAUAACGUUCUUGAGUGGUUACAGCAAUGUAGUGAGACGGAACCUGGUGAGAUACAGGCGGAAGUCGAGGAACAGACGGAACCAAAAACCGUCGUAUGCACAUAUGGAAACCCUGAAAUACAAUCUAACUUUACAUUACAAUCAAACUUUGCUUUACAACAAAUCUCUGAAAUACAGACGCGCUUUGCGUCACAGCUGGAGGAGGAUACACGCACUGGUGUUGUCCACGAACAUCGCUUACAGCAAGACUGUGAUGAUACUGCUGUGAUAGACACCGACAAUGAUUUUCCGUACCAACAGACGAACGCGGUUUUACAGGGACUGGAUUUUCUAUUUAGCGAGACCGGGUAAAGAGCGAUUAGAAAGGUCAAUUUCUGUUUGAUAGAUACCAGAUUGUAGGUUCAGAUGUUUGAAGACAUUGUUUAAGUAAAAUUUCAUAAUAAAAUUAGAAUCUUCAAUAAGAAAUCUUUGUAGCCAGAACACUUUCCUUGAAACAAUGGCCAAGGGGACAUUUUCAUCUACAGUUAAAUCAUGUGUAAUUGAUUUGGAGAAAUACUGAUUUUAUGGAAAUCUUGUAUAAUUUUCCUUAAUAAAAUGUCGAACAAUAUGGCGUGUCUGUUAUUUCU